CUCGACCCAGACAAACACUGGAUCAAGCACAUCGAUCAGCAAUAUCACCCUUCGACACUUCAAUAACCCAACAUAUCAACGAAACCACCACACAAUGUCUGCACCAACAGCCGCCGUUCCAGCAACAUGCUGUGGCCGUGAGGGAGGCUGUAUCUGCGCCAAAGAGGCAACGUGCUCCUGUGGCAAGCAGGCUGCUCUGCACUGCAAUUGUGAGAAGGCUCAGACGGAGAACAAGGUUGUCGGUGCUCGAUGCUCUUGCAACCAACGUCCAGCCGGAGAGUGCACCUGCAGCCGCAAGCAAACUGAGAAUGCGAAAGUGAGCGGAUCGACUUGUGCCUGUGGCAAGCGAGCUGCCGACUCUUGCUCGUGCGGUGGAACCGAGAGUGCUGCCAGCGAGCUUGAGACCGACUUCACCACUCGCCGCCCUUGAUUGAGGUUUGCGAGGCACGACUGUAUAGUUAUCAUUGGACUGGCGUUGAGGAAAUGCUAUGACCCGGCUCCGAAGUGAGAAGCCCGAUGGAGUUUGCUGUGGUUUUUGCGAUGAUACCAUGAGGGAGGAUGGGUCCAUCAAAUCAGCUCAUCAAUUCACAACUGAAUACUUG